AUGCCUAAUUCGCACAAACCUCAUUUCUUGAAGCCUCUGCUUCCCGAUUUCCACAGUGGCGUGAGUUUGCUUAUCUUUGGCUUUUCUGACCUGCAGACAAUACCACUUGGCUUCUUCUCACAACACAUAGAAGGGAAGACAAACCGGAAAACAUGGAAACUAAGAUCGGACGCUACAGAUCAAACUUGGGAAGUGAUACAAGAAGGCAGGAGACUCACCGGAGGUUGGAAAGAUUUCACCACAGCACAUGACCUUCAAAUCGGUGACAUUGUCAUCUUCAAACACGAAGGAGAUAUGGUGUUUCAUGUCACACCAUUUGGUCCUAGCUGUUGUGAGAUUCAGUAUACACAUCCUCACAUCAUCAAGGAAGAAGCCGAUGCGGAUGAUGCUCCUUCUUUCUCAUUUGACUAUUGUUUUCAGGCUGAGGUCACUGCUUCGAAUCUAAAAGAAGACAAACUUUAUCUUCCUGAGGGAGCUACGACUUGUACUGCUUUGAACAAACAAUGCCAAGAGAUAAUACUUGUCAACAAAGAGGGAAAUUCAUGGACUGUGAGUUUGCGAUUUAGCGAAGCAGACGGCAUGUAUUACAUCAGAAGAGGCUGGAGAAAGUUCUGUCGUGCUAACAGAUGCGCCAUAGGAGACUUAUUUGUGUUCAAUGUGGUUGGAGAUGGGAAAACUACUCCACUAAUGUGUGUAUGUCCGGAAAGGGAAGAGUGAUUUUGAACCUAAACUUAUGUAUGUCGAACCAGAAAUUUAUGUAUGUCUCUUUUUAUGGCUG